AUCUUGGCUUGGCGAUACUAGCGCCACCGCUAUCGCACACCCCAUCAUUGUGUCGCCCAUUUUGCCGACUUCAGUUGCCCACUGACGUUGUGAGAGAGAAGGUCGUUUCAACGCUUCUCAAGACCAAGAAAAACUCAAACAUUUCCCGAGAAGAAAGGAAACAUUUUCGACUUUUUAUUUCUUUAAUCCCCUUCGUUUGAUUCGUGUGUUAAAAGAAAUUUAGUCUGUGGAUUAAUUUCAACAUAACAUCUAGUGAUACUGUGUUCAUCUUUUUCGUGUUUCAAGUGUGGCCAACGCAGAAAAUUCGUGUCUCUCUUUUUUCUUUCCAUUGUGUUUUGUGGUUCCCAGAAUCUUUUUUUUUUUCUUUCUUCCCUUGUCCUCCACACACCCUCGACUCUCCAUCCCCCGCCAUAGGCCCCCAUUUUUCGUGCUGUCUGGCAGCCAUUUGUAAAAGAGAGAGAGAGAGAGAGAGAAAAAAAAGGGCCCCAACGAGAAACGGAGAGAAAAGAAGCUCCCUAGGCCAUUGGGGAGGACUGGCAUUUUAGCCUCGACAUACACAAUACAACAAUGUCGGCUUUGUGUGCGUUUCCUCCAUUAAUUCCGGCCGGCGGAGGAGGAGGAGGUGUUUACUCAGCCGGUUAUAUGGCUGACGUCAGCAGCAGUUCGAAUCGUAGCAGCUCAUUCUCUGCUUAUUCGAACGCUAUGGCGACAUCACAACCGUCUCGAAUCUCUUCGGCAUCUAUUCCGGCUUACGGAAGCACUUUUGCUGCCUUUCACCAACAACCAACAACGGCCGUUGGUGCUGGCAAAUCGACCGCCAUGAAAAUGACUCAACCCGAAUCGGCUUGGUCGUCACGAACGACGUCAUCAACGGAUGUGCCUCCGGCUGCCAAACGUCGAUGCACGGAUAAAAUGCGUUCGACAGCAGUCUGGUCUGAUCAACACGCUCAAAUUUGGCCGUCAUCAAACUCCAUUCCGGCUAGUGUUUGCCCGUCUGGUUGUACCAUGUGUCACUUGCAGAGACAACAGCAGCAACAACAAUAUCCGUCGUUGAAUGGAUUCCAACAGGCCUACGAUUGCAGACGGCCAUUGCAGGAGAAACAUCAGAAUCGCGAAGAAUCUUUAGCGGCCACCAAUAUGGCGGCCGUUGGCAAUUUGAAAUCUGCAAUGAAAUCAGCUGAUCAAUCUGCCGCGACCACCGUGCGGAUGCCGAAUGUCAAUCGCAGCCUAUCGGUCGAUCCGAAAAAGGAUUAUUCCGCUCCUUUGCACGUGGAUUGCAGCGUCGAAUACGAUUUGCCACGGAUUGUACGUCCACCACCCGGUGCCCAGCCGCUCCUGAUCCUCGCCCCGCCUCGUCCUUCUGCUGUGCCAUUGGCCACGCCCACUGGCUAUCAGACGUGGACGACGACGGCCAACUCGCUGUCCCAUCCGCCCCAGUGGAAUCAGCAGGGGGUAGGCACUCGCAUCAAAAGUGACAAGCCAUCCGCCGCAUCCGUCAAGUCUCAUCCGGCAGCCAUGCAACAACAGAAACUCAACUCUACGAUUUCAGGUGCCAUCCGGAAUAAUUCUACGGGCGGCGGAGGAGCUCCGUGCGGAUGCCCAUCUUGUUGUUUAGCGGCUCGACCCAGCCUUCCUCCUCCCAAUGUUUAUGCGGGGCCAACGGGCGUGGGUGGCGGUGCGGGUUGGAUGAACCAACAUUGGAGUCCUCCUGCUGGCGCUACCGCCUCUUCCGCCGGAUUCAAUUACGCUCCACCACAACAACAACAACAGCAGCAGCAGCAACAACAACAACCCACUUACCAACAGAUGGCCGCAUUUCACAAUAUCGAUCAGCAACCGCAACAGCCGCAAACGGUGAUCAAUAGGCGCCGGAAGCGUUCACCAGAAGUGAUUCCAUCGUCUGGUGGUGGUGGUGGUGGUAUGUCUACCACGUCCGAUAAGAUGCAGCGACUCUAUUCGACGGCUCAAUGGAUGCCGAAUCCAUCGUCGAUUCAGGCCGCGGCCGAGGCGGCUUUUGUGGCCGCUGCUGCAGCUGCUGCCGCCGCCGCAAGUCACCGUUACGUCACGUCCUCACCAGCCUGGAUGCAUGCAUCCGCUCAGCCUCUCAAGUUUCACUGCUGAAAAAAAAGGAAAUUGUUUGAUGGAAUCGCCAUUCCUUUUCUUUUUUUUUUUUACCCGACCAUAUUUUUUUUUUUUGUUAGGCGGCCGCCAUGUUUUUCUUUUUGUCAGCGACGGUUUUUCCUCAGAAAACAAACAAAAAAAAAACUUUUUUUUUUUUUCAAAAUCAAAGGCUGAUUACUGUGUUAGUUGGUUUCUCUUCCAAUGUGAUGCUUAUUCCGUUUUUUUCUUCUUUUUUUUUUUGAAAAUUGCAAUUCAAACUUUUAAUUCCUUAAAACACGCCCCGUUUUACCCACACUUUUGCUCGGAUUCCCGCAUCAGUCGUUUUUUAUUUUAAAUUAUGUGUGUGUAUGUGUGUGUGUGUGUUAUCCUUGUCGUCCAUCAGCAAUCCAGCGUCAUCGAAUCAUCCUACCCUCAUUUUUCCUCCCCCGUCUCGAAGGUGUUUUUUAAAAAACCCAUAUUUUUCCUUUUUUUCAAAACUGGAUUGUUUGUGUUAUCGUCCAAUAUUUUGUGAGGGUAGGAAUCAAGAAGGGGAAGGAAAAAAUCGAUUUAAAUUGGGACAUUUUUUUUGGCGCUGCAUUUUUUCAUUCAUUUGAAGUAAUGGGAGAGAACGACACAAUUCUUUUCCGUUUCCCUGUUUAUGUGUGUGUGUGUGUGUGUGUAACGAAACAACCGAAAAUCCCUUUCCGGCUUGUACGAUUGUUAUAGGCUCAUUUGUCAACGCAAAAUGGCGGCCUACACACGACAAACGUCUAAAAAGAAAGGAAAAAAAAACUUUAUAUCUCUGACGUGCCUCUUCUAUACAUAAACAUACUACAAUUUUACCACAUAGGUCUAUAUAUAUAUAUACAAUAAAUAUAUAUAUCUAUUUUCGAAUGUUCCAAAGGGAAACCCAUUUUUAGUCGAGUUGUAAAAAACUGGAAAAAGAGCGAAAAAAGAAAAAAAAACUCGUCGUUGUUUAUCAUUUCCUUGUCGUCAUUCUACUUUCCUCACCACUUGUUUUUUUUUUCCCCUGUCUUCACGCAUAUUUAUGAGUAUAAUGUUGGAUAGGGAAAUGGCCAAUGGGAUUCAGAAAUGCUGUCUAUCCAUUUUCAGUGUUUUUAUUUAAUUUUUUUUCCCCCCAUGUGUGUGUGUGUGACUUUUUGUGUGUGUAUGACGAAAAAAAAAUAAUUUUUCGGAUCCUUUUGCUAGUCCUUUGAAUUUACACGCCAUCUUUUCUCACCUGGAAUGAGGAGGGAUGCACCACCCCAUGUUAUUUCUUUUUUUCAUUUCUGAUGUCACACGCGUUUUUCUUUUUCAUUUCUUCUUUCCCUUUUAUUGUUUGAUCCUCAGGGGCCGUGUAUUUUUGGAUUUUUUUCGGUCGUCUUUUUCUUUUGAAAUGCGAUUGCAGUUUGUUUUUUUUUUUGGACGAAGACAGUCUUCCUGUUCGAUCAGUUGAACCUCCUCCUUGUAUGUUUAUUUUUUUUUUCUUAAUUUAGGAGAUGCAAAAAAUUGACAACAGAAAGAGAGAAAAAAAAAAUGGGUUCAUCGAACGUGCGGGCACAGUCACGUGACUAGUCGCAUUUUUUCCCCCUCCUUAAAUGGAACACACACACACACUUGGAAAGAAAAAAAAAAGUCUUAACACACGGAAAAGGAGGGAAUAUUUUAGCAUUUCUUUAAAUAAAACAAAUUCCUAAAACUAACAACAAAAAAGUAAGACGAUUCUAAUUUUCUUUUAUAUGAUUGGUCACGAUGGAUUUCGGUACAUCAUUUCGAUAGCGCUUAUUUUCAUUUCCCCCCCUCCCUCUGUCUCGUUGUAAAAUCAAUCAAUUUUGUGCUUGUAACUGUGAUAUAUUAAGAAAGAAAAAAAAAUGGUCGAGUUUUUUGCUGGAUUUUGCCCCUCCCUCCCUCAUCUCUUGUGUGUGUGUGUGUGUAUGUGAAUUAAACAAAAAAAAAAAACACUAUUACAUCUUUAAUAUGGAUAUCAUACACGAUUAUUUUUCAUGUCAA